AUGUCCGAAGAAAUAAUAAAUACAACACCCGAUCAAUUACCUAAUAUACCUGAAACACAAGUCAUUGAACCAGUUGUUCAAUGUGGUGUUUUAUACUUAGGUACAGCACCACCAACUCCUGGUCGUCGUGGUCUUGAUUCAAUUCAAGAACCAUUUGCACAUCGUUAUCCUGUUGAUGGUACAAAUACAGCUCGCGGUAUUGAUGCUGUUCUUUCUAUUUAUGAUAAUGGUAUUCAAUUAACAUUUGCACGUCAACCACAUACAGUCAUCUUUUUUCCAAUAUCAUCAUUAAUAUAUUGUGCAAGUCUUCGUUUUUCUGUUGUUGAAAAUGAUCAAACAUCAUCAAUUGAUUGGCGUUUUGUUACAUUAGAUUCAACAUUAAAUGAUCCAAGUAAACAUCCACCAUUAUUUUGUGCGGUUGUACAACGUACACAAAUAUUACAAGGUGAUGAAUGUCAUUGUUUUAUAACAAAAAGUAAUGAAACAGCACUUGCACUUGUUCGAACAAUAUCAGAAGUAUAUGCAAAUCUAUCAGCAAAUAUCAAAUCUUUUAAAUCACCCAUUUUCUAUCAGUUAGAUCGUUAUGGACGAAAAAUAAGUGAAACAAGUGGAGUUAUUUAUAUAUCACCAGCAACGGAUGAUGAAUCACAAUUAAAUCGAAUAACUGAUCGUAGUAGUUCUAUACCAGCAAUAAAUCGUAAUUGUUUAUUAGAUCCAUCAUUGGAUGGAUUUUUUUAUCGUACUGAUGGGAAUAUUAUUGAACAAUGGCAACUAUGGGAUGAUGAUGAUUUAACAGGUUCUCGGCCACGUCCACCACCAUCACCAUUCGGGCAAAAUCAAGCUCUUUAUCAUGAUGAUUUAACACAAGAAAUACAUCAUUAUUUACGUCGUAUGGAAGAUGAAGAAGCAUCAAGUACUUGUAGUUGUUCAAGUUCAUCAGUUUCAUCAAGAGAAUAUAAUCGACAUCAUCGUCGACGACAUAAAUCGAAAUAUGAUCAAACAGAUCAAAUAAAUAUAUCAGCUUUACAAUCACAAACAAGUGCAUUUGAGCCUACAAAUAUGCAAAAUAAUACAGAUUCGAAGAAAACACAAGGACCAAUUAUUAUCGAAAAAGUUGUACCGAAUCAAAUGACAACAAUAUCACAAAAACAACCGACAUAUAUGCUACAACAACCACAAUCACCAUAUAUACAACAACAACCUCAAUCACCCUAUAUGAUACAACAACCUCAAUCACCAUAUAUGAUAGAACAACCACCAGCACCAUUCAAUCAUUCUAUUCCUAUACAAGAAACGAGUGUUAACUAUGCUCCAUAUUCUGAAGAUUAUCAGGUAAAUGAACGUGGUGAAAAGAUUACAAAUGAAGGAAAUCGUAUUUUAUAUAUGGAUGUUAUUCAACCGAAUAUGAUGAUGAAUAAUAAUAAUAAUAUUGAACCUAUACCUUAUAUAGCACAACCAGUUAUGUCACGACCACGUCGUCGCCGACGACGACCAAAAUCAAUUCCAAUUAUUGAUCUUCAAUCUGUUGAGAAAAUUUUUAGUGAAAAAAAACCUAAACAACGACGACGAACUAGCAUUAUUAAUGAUCAACAUAAUAUUCCUGAUGAACAAUUAUCAACAUCAGAUAUGUUAGAAAUUGUUGAAGGAUAUUUCGAAGAUUAUAAAGGUAGAAAAAUUAAAUUAGAUGGACAUGAUGCACAAAAAAUGCUUAGUCAGUUAGAAUCAUCAAGUAAAAGAGAUCGACGACGAUCAAAAAGUUCAAAUAAUAAAACAUCUCGUCGUCGUCAAAGUUAUUCAACGAUGAAUGUUGGUCCAUCAGUUAGUUAUGUUGAACGUUCAAUUAUUAAAUCUCCUCCUAAACAUGGAUCGAUCGAACAACUACAACAACAACCACCCGCAUUUAAUAAUGAGCAAGUUAAUGAAUAUGUAUCGAAUAUAUAUGGUACAUGUGAAAAAACAAGUCAAUCAAUGCGAUCAACAGCAACUCCUCAUCAUGAACCUGAACCAUCGAAUCAGAUCAAUACUGUUAAUCCAACAGAGCAAGAUUUUAUUUCACCAUUUCGAUAUAUGCAAAGUAGUAUUAAUCCUUUAUUAUUACGUGAAUAUCGUCAUACAUUUGGUGGAAUUUAA